GACAGUACUCCUCGGUAGUGGAGUAGUCAGGCUUGCGAUGUUAUUUGUUUUUAAAAUCGACAAGAGCUUUUAGCAACUCCAAGUGUGCUUUGUUUGGAUUUCAAUGAGCUCUGUGAUAUACACAAGCCAGCUCAUGGGAAUUGUAGUUUUUUUCCCUGUGCACUAAGAUAUCGUCGCGAGUCUGGCGUCAUCAUUCGGCCAUGUAACUAGCUGAAACGCAUCGCAACGGAGAGCGUUUGGGAUGGCGGGGGAGAGUGGCGGAGAGGACGUGGUUGCAGAGUACCUGGGCCAGAAUCCGCAGCUGGCCCAAUGGGUGGAAACAUUCAGAAGCUACUGUGAAAGCAACAAGCAGUGGGUCGCUCGGAGAGAGUUCAUUCUUAGGAACAUGGAGGCUUUCCCGACAGUGAAGCCAGGAGUCUCCAGCAGCAGCCUGGACAGGCUGCUCUCUUUGUCCAUGGUCUGGGCUAAUCACGUUUUCCUGGGCUGCAGCUAUCCACAGGCUGUAAUGGACAAGAUCAAAGAGAUGGGAGAAGGGAUAAAAGUCCAAGAUCCUCCUGUUCACAAAACAACAAAAGAUGAAUUCACGGCCAGAGGAAAGAGGAGCGCAUCAGCUGAGCUUGAGGAUGACAGCUGCGUGAAAAGAGCCAAGGCCGGGCCUAAUGAGCUCGACAGCAGACCUGCGCUCAGGACGGCGGCGCGGCCUGCGAGUCAGAAGCUGGGACCACCUCCACAGGCUCCAGCUGAGCACCAGCCCUUCUUCAACCGCCUGUACAAGGCUGUGGCGUGGAAGCUGGUGUCGGCCGGGGGCUUUGGGCCCAACUUGGACCAUUUUGAAAUCCUUCGCAGCUGCGUGGAGUCGUGCAAGCAAACCCUGACGUGCGUGUUUGUGCCGCUUAAGGACAUCACGGGCCUCCCCGCAGGACGCACACAGAAGGAAGGCCACGUGUGUGAAAUUCGCUGUCAGACUGUUUUCAUGGGCACAGGAUACGGGCGCGAUGAGGCCGCUGCCAGAGCCAUGGCUUCCAAAGAAGCCCUUAAAGUAUUUCAGGGGCGGAAAGUCACUGUAAAGAUCUGUCGGCGGAGGUACAAAGGAAAAGACGUGGAUGAUCUGAUGCUGUUGGAUGAACAGCCCCGCAGUCAGGGCUUUCCUCCUGCUCUCAGCUACCCUUUUCAGGACGAGCAGCUGGAAGACGGUUCAUCGUAGAAGCUUUGACUGGGCGGAGCUACUGAAGGCGUUCGCGCCUGUGUCGGGACCAGACUCUUAUGCAGCUGACCAUCGUAGCUAAUCCCAGAGAAUAUUAGGUAACUUGGAGCAUUAACUGUCAUGGUGCAUUUCACACAAUACCUUCAUUUCUAAAUAAUCUUCCCUGGUACCUGAUAUUUUCAGCCAUUAUCUGAGUUGUAAAGACAGCAAACAGCGAACCAAAGUGUGGAGUGGGCGCCUGUGGCACCGGUUAAAAGCAGCCACCAAUGAGCAAAACUGCAAUAUUACACCGUUUGACUGUUUAAGCAGUUUGGCCAGUAGCUCGUCCCCACUUCCUGUGUCACAGCUUUUUAUCUGUUGAUUUCAUGACUGUAACACAGGAGUACAUGAGGUGUUAUUUGAUUGGUAGGGAUCGAGUUUUUGUUUUUUAGGUUCCAACUUACAAGCAAAGUGAGUCACACGGUCUCAACAAUAACAGCUUCAAUAACCUGUCAGGGUAACGAUUCUCUUCUAAACAUGAUGUUCCUUACUGAGAAUAUUAAAAACAUCAGACUGUGGCGCACCAGUCCACAUUUAGUUCACUUUUUUCUUGUUUCAGUGAUAAAUGUCAGUCUUUUCCUUUAAUUGUACUCGUGAAGGGUUGCAAUGACAUUGUUCUGUCGUGAGCUGCACUUAAAGAGGGGGACCUCUCAUGCUCAUUCCCAUCUCUGUAACAUGAUUCACAAUCAUUCUUCCUUGUUUUCAGCCCCUCCCCCUGUCUGAAACCAGCUGAUUCAGCUCCUUUCCCUCUCAGUCAGCUGUAUUCUAAUUGGCUGCCUGUCAUGAACAGCAGUAUGAUCAGUGUGCUGUAAGCCACGCCUGCUCUCGCUGAUGUCAUACAGAGCCAAGAGGAGAAAAACUGGCAGCUUUUGGCUCACACGUGUUACUUGCACAUUCCCUGGUUUUUCUAAACACUGGUUUUAUUGUUAAUAUGAGCGUCGCCCACUGUAACAGUACAUGUGAUAUCAUAUUAGGAGAGCAGGGCUGCACCUUAUUGAAUUGAUCACAUUAUUCUUAAUUUUUUGAUUAGCUUGGAGAAACAGUGCGUUGAUUAUGUCUUAGUUGAGAUAAACUUCUGAAAUCCUGGUUACAGUCAUGGUUACUGGUUUCCAGUUCUUCAUGGAACUGGCAUCCCAGGCUUAAGUGAUUUAAAAACAUGUCCACACAGACUUAACUAAAGAUUGUUUGUUUUAUUAUUAUUCAGACAGAAACUGAGGGAGACUCUGCCAACUACAGGACCUGUUUGACUGUAAAUGCUACUGCUUUUCUUUGAUAUUAUUAUUAAUAAGUUGAUGUUAAAAAAGAGAAAGUUUGAAGUAUUUGGUUGUUAAUAUGAAGAAUGGACACGCGUGUGUGUUUCUGAUGUGUUUGAGGGUAACGUGCUGCCGUAACGUGUUUGUUUCUUUCUUGCAGUCUCGGUUGAAAUUGAACAGGGUUGCGUUAAAUUGUGAGUAUCUGUACUGUUCCAUGUACGUUUACACCAGUGCUCCUGUUUCUAUAUAAUUUUUAAAUAAACCAAAUUGAAACUAA